UGAAUUUGUCACUUUAUAGUUCAGUACACGUAAAAAAAAGAUCACAACCCACUUGUCUAAAGAGAAGAUAACCUAAUCAAAUGGAUAAAUCGUUAGUGCGAAAUUAAAUGAAAUCUAUUUUUUCGCCGGGCUGGCGCGCGCCAUGAAGCAGAACACUCAUUAGCCACAAAUAUGGCGUCUGUGACCGUGUUUUUUAAGAGAAGACUGCAACUGAGUAUACGCCUGGCAAUAAAAACCUCCGAGCGGUCCUGGGAUCAGUCCAAAGGCGCCAAAUCUCGAAUGUACUGAAAGUUCACAGUUUUCCCGUCAUUUUGGUACCAAACAUGCAAUACUUUCUUCGAUAAUCGCUUAGAGAGAGACUGCCGAGGAAAAAGUAAAAGAGAUGGUAAGGUUUUUUGUCGUUCGUAUCGUAUUUUUGGCCCGGAUAGUUUUUUAAGCAUUUCUACUUAUCCGAGGAAUUUUGCUACGAAGAGAAACUUCAAGACCUUGACAGAAACUCCAUGAUUUUUGCUUUCGUGAUUUGGCUUUCUUUUCUCAGUUUUUUAUGAGUUAAUUUUGAGGAUGUCGCGCAGAAAGAACACGCGCUUUAACGUGGCUCAAUUCAUUAAAGCCUGGAAGGUUGCAAGAGAGAAAGCUGUGAGUGAAAAUCGCAAGCCACAGGCAGAGUACAAAAUAGUCCAACGAACCCAGGAAAAGGUGAGAUGAUAUAUUUAAUUUGUCCUUUUUAAGUAAUUCAGCAUUGGUGCUUUGUUUAAGUGUCAUAUUUCGAAUAUUCCAGAAUUUUGUAAGACACCAUUAUAGGCAAGUGGUGGCAGUGCAUGUACCGGGAGGCUUGCAAUUCAGUUUUGACAUUAUAAGCAAGGUAAUGGUUUGUGCAUCGCUGCUGUACCUCCCUACACAAACAUUUGUAAAUACUCCCCCACCAGCUUUUUGUGUGUCUGAACCCUAAAUUAACAACAACAACAACAAUAAUGAUAAUCUUUAUUUUCUUUCAUUUUGAAAAUUACAGGUUAUUUGGCCCGCAGAUAGCAAGUGCUAAUCUAGGUGGGUCAUUAACCGCUUAUUCUAGAUUAAUUAAAUAAAAAUAAUAAAAAUUAAUUUAAGAUAAAAAGAUAUGAAUAACAAUUAAAAUUUAACUGUAUGACAGUAAAAAUUAACCAAUCAGUGCUUAAGAAAUAACUUGUUGUAUAAUUAAUGCUUUCAGUUGGCCACACUCAGGGAACGAUGCAAGGACAUAACACGUGAACUGGAAAAUAUUCCUGUUGAGUAUACUCUUGAUUCUUCAUUGUGGUUGUUUUGCCAGUAAGUGUGCGGCAAAAAUCUGCUGGGCACAACUUCUGACUAAGUCUGUAGGUUUGCAUUAUUCAGUGGCUGGAUGAUAUUCAAUUUUAUGCCAAUUUUUGAUAAUAACAUUAAGAGAAAAAAAUAUUUUUGCAAGUUUAAUUUCGGUUAACUAGCCACUUGACACAGAGCCAGUGCCAGAAUGACAGCCAGUGCCAGACAGCGCAGUGCCUGGGCAAGAAACCUGAGCAUAUGCCUGUGUUCACCUGGUUGGUCAAAGACUGUCAUAAAUGAGAGUGUCUCUAAACUAUAAACAUCAGAAUAUCAAAUGUAAGAUGUGGCUAAAUACAAUUGUUGUGUUCAGAUCUAUUUUGUUUACAAUUUUAGUACCAUCACACCAUAUCUAAUUAAAAUGAAUGUGUUACUACCCAGUGUCUAGUUGAGCAAUACCAUAAAACCCUACGUUAAAGCCCCCAUGGAUAUAAGCUCCCACUGGUUAAAUACCUACCCAAAAUGCCUCAUUUUUUGCAAGUUAAUUUUGGUGAACUAGCCACUUAACACAGAGCCAGUGCCAGAAUGACAGCCAGUGCCAGACAGCGCAGUGCCUGGGCAAGAAACCUGAGCGUGUGCCUGUGUUCAUCUGGUUGGUCAAAGACUGUCAUAAAUGACAGUGUCUCUAAAUUAUAAACAUCAGAAUAUCAAAUGCAAGAUUUGGCUAAAUACAAUUAUUGUGUUCAGAUCUACUUUGUUUACAAUUUUAGUAUCAUCCAACCAUAUCUAAUUUAAAUGAAUGUGUUACUACCCAGUGUCUAGUUUAGUAAUACCAUAAAAUCCCCCCAAAAAGUUCCCAGGAUAUAUGCCCCCACCGGUUAAAAGCCCAACCAAACUGCCUUGUGAAGUUAUAUAAGCCCAGGGCUUUAACGUGAGAUUUUAUAUAUUUUUAGUCACAGGGUUAAGUAUCUCAGACAUGAACAAGAAGCCCCACUGUACUUGUAAAAGGGGAAUCAUUACUGGGACCAAGAACUGCAAGGAGAAGAAGGCAUGAGACCACUGAAGCUGCUGCCAAAUUUCAUGAGGAAGCACAAAUGAACAUUCUUCAGCCACUUUCGAUGGAUUGUUUGACACUUUGCAAAAAAGAUGCAGAUUAGAUACUUUAACAAAAUAUGUGUCAGGGAACAAGCAGCUGACUAACAAAGUAGUUUCUAAAGAGUAUAAGAAGAGUGUAUUAGAAUUUGAAAAGUCAGAUGACAACACUGUAAGAAGUAUUGCAACAUAUUAUGCAAGUGGUGUAAUGGGAAAACGAAAGUACAAAAGUGUUAGACUGAUGCUUUCAAUGGAAUCAUUUGAAAGUAAACGAGGAAAAAGAACAAGCAUUUCAAUUUUUAAAGGCUGUAAGGUUCCAAAGCUGCUCACUUUUAGUGACCUUCUAGAACAAUUAAAAAAGAUUGAUAUUGGGACAGUUCAUGAAAUUGACCCAGACCAUCUAGAGGGCUUAGAAACUGAAAACCCAGAGAAUGGUGCAUACAGAGACUUAAGACAAUACCUUCCAAUGCUUGCCAAAUUUUAUCUUUCUGAGAAUAGCAAAGAAAGCUUGAAAGUCUUUGCAGAAUCAACAGGCACUUUUCAAAUUGCUCUUGGUGAUGACGGAUGCCCAUUCGGCAAAAAUGAAAGCCCAAAGUCUUUCUUAGUCAGUUUCCUUAAUGUUGGAAGAAGGGUGGCAUCCAGUUAUGAUAACUUUCUAAUUUUUGGUGCCAACUGUGAUGAAAGCUCUCCUGUUACAAAGAAAUAUGUGAGGUCAUUAUUACCUCAACUCGCAGGGUUAGAAAGAGCCGAAUGUGAAUUUGAAGGUAUUAAAUGUAGGUUUAAGCUGGAGGAGUUGCCAAAUGACAUGAAGAUGCCUGCCAUAUUGGCAGGUGAAUUAACUAUUAGUGCUAAGUGUUUCUCACCCUUCGCAAAUGUUUCAUUAGCUGAUUGUAGGGAUGUGAAGGGUACAUUUGGAACUGAAAGUUCAAACACGUGGAAGCCAUGGAAUUACCAGCAAAGAGUAAAUGUUGCCGACAAGGUUAAAGCAUUAAGAAGAGUAGCAGUAGAAAAACUUUCUGAGAAAACAAAGAGAUCUAAAAUUAUAGAUUACAUUACCAAGCAAAAUAGUAGACAGGAAUUUUUGCCUGUCUUAGGUUCUUACAUUGAUAAAGCUCAUGUGGAACCCCUUCAUCUAAAGAACAAUGCUUGGCAGUACUUCAUUAAAGCAGUUUUGGCAGAAGCUAUAAGAAAAUCUAAGCUACCAGCUGGUUGUAAAAAGUUUUCAGAGCUCCCAACUGAGAGCCCUGUUGCACAGGUAAUUACAGCUUUACAAACAGAAGUAAAGACCAAGCACCCUAGAUUUACUGGAAAUGAUUCCCGCUGUUUUUGUCAUAACUUUAUGAGGUUAAUCAAGUGGCUAAGUUGUGAAAGUGACUCCAGGAAAGAAUGUGAAACAGUUCUUGCUUUAGCUUAGUUAGGUGUGAGGUUGAGGGACUGUGUUUCUCUUUUUAAUAGAUUUGAGAUAACAUUAGGCCAGAUUGAUCAGCUUUCUAUUGCUUGCCAUGAGUAUUUUAAAGGAAAUUCAUUGUCAUUGCCAAGUUCUGUAAAUCCUACUGUCUGGACAUUGGGUCACAUUGUCCCCGCUCAUUGUCAUCAAGUGCUUUAAAAGUAUGGUCAGGGGUUGGGGAUGGUAACAAUGGAUGGGCAAGAAGCAAAGCAUAUCCUUCUGAAAAUAAUUAAGUGAAAACACAACAUAUCAAAACAGAUAAGUUGAAAUAUUUAGACACAAAUAAAAAUCAUGUGAUGCUGAUUUGGCUGCCUUUGCACGGUUUUCAGCAGCCAGAAGCUGCAAGCAAAAAUGUAGCCUACAUCCCAGAAAGGGUAUUCAGUGAUCCAUCUUAUUGCUAUUGUGGUCUGCUAAAGGCAUCUCCUGAGGAAGCUAAUUGCUUUUUCUGUGGAGACGCAAUCUGGAAACUUAUUGAGCAAAGUGUAAAGGACAGAAAGAUCGCUCCACAGCUUUUGUAAUUAAUCUUAAAUCUGUACACAGCCUAACUGACUUUAAGUUACAUUAUAUCAUAUUAGCAGCAGCUACGAAUUUUCAGAUAGUGUACUCACAGGAGCAGCUAUAGGAACUUUAAGAUAGUGUACUUAUUAGCAGCAGCCAGGAAGGUCAAGUUAGUGUACUUAUUAGCAACAGCUAUAGGAACUUUAAGAUACACUGUAGUGUUAGUACUUAUUAGCAGCAGCUAGGAACCUUAAGAUAGUGAUAGUACUUAUUAGCAGCAGCUAAGAACUUAAAAGAUGAUGUCCAGUCCAUAUUGUGCAUUCUCGCGAGUGCGUUUUUUGUACUGUUUUGCUUCAUGAAAGACAUCACAAAAUGUAAACAUUUUGCAAUACUUACAUGAAGUAAAUUCAAAGUUUCAAAACAACCACCAUUAUGGAUGCAAAGCAGCAGAAGCUUUAGGCUUCGUUCUUUCUUAUAUCACUCGAUGAAACAACUUUGCAGCUGUAAAAAUCAAUGAAGCUGUUGGAAAAAGAAUUUGAAAGGCCUCAAAGAUAAGGUAUAGCUUCGUUUUCGACACAUCCCAAAGUUAUAAUCUAUUGUGACCGAGAGAACAGACUGAUUCGAGAUUUUGCCAAGUUAUCCGAGCUAAGCAGUACCCUGGUCCCAGAGGCCGUUUUUCUUGAUGUUUCUCUUGAGAUAAAGUAACUGUCAAGUUUGUCGCGCACUCAGAUGACAUUUUUAUUUAUGCGUUUCAGAAAUGAGAGCAAUUUAGCUUAGUGUAUAUUCUUUCCCUGAAGAAAAAAAGGUUUCAGACCGGUGGGUCUUAGUCUUAGACCAGUGGGUCUUUGUUUUAGACCACAGGGUCUUCGUUUUAGACCAGUGGGUCUUCGGUCUUCGGUCUUCAUUUUCUACACAUCCUAUCUGGGAGCUUCUCUUCCUUGUGCGAAACACCAUAAGCGGAACCGGCCUUUUUCACACUCUGUAAAAUUAAAGAGAAAAUUCCCAGGACAUCGCCCGUUUGAACUCCACGGUCCAAUUAGUGCGGGCCUUGAUUCUUGGACUGAGGCGCCUAUGGAGCAUCUUUAGCCAAAUCUUGACUUCUCCUUCGAGAGGGUCCGAGAAGUGCUGACGCUGGAAUUCGUUUAAAAGAUUUUUGGCCGAGACGGUGUUUUUCAAUAAUUGAAGCGAGGGCUGCUUCAAUUCUUCUUCAAACAAAAAGAAAUUAUCGACUUCAUUAUGUAGAGGACGCGGGGCCUUAGUAGCAUUCAAAAUAGCAUUUUCAGCCGCCAUUUUGAAAAUCGCUUUGUACUUUUUGUAUUUCCGCUGUACAGCGGGCAGCAAAGUUCCCCUUCACAGCGCACGCCAGCCCGCGUGCGCGCGCGCCAUGGUCAGAGGGCGGAACGAGAAAUAUAUGGUUCGAGAUCGCGAGAUAUGAAGUCAGUCAUAUUAUAGUUAAGUCUGUUAGAAAAUUGAGAUAAGGUACUUGGUAGAAUAUAGAUACAUAGUUAUAAAUGUUCAAAACGAACAGGUGCCGUAUUCGGGCCGCAAAGCUCGUCACACGUCAUGCGCCAUCUUGCAAUUCCGUCAGAAGGUCUUUAGUUUAGAAAAAAAAAAAGUUACUAUGUUCGAUGGGUAGUGAUAACGUAUCUUUGUUUGAACAGCCGACCCAAAGUCACUCAAUGGAUUUGACAGUACAUCAUUACUGAAUCAGCCUGAGCCUCCAGUCGUCAUCAGACUUAGAAGUUGCUACUGAAGCAUGAAAAGCAUGCUGACGCUUGGACAAUAGAAUCCGAAAUCCAAGAUUUAAAUUAAGAAGGAUUGACCAUAAACAGCAGGGUCUUUGCCUGCAUUUAAUGGUUCGAGAAAGGUCCCUCAAAUAAUACGCUUGUCGCGGAAUUUAGUUAAUCUAAUUACUACUUG